AUGGGCAGUCAUCACAGCCGUGAGGUUGCCCGAUUCUGGUACGAUUAUACAACAAAAGAGAGUCUGUGGACUGUCACAGAUCCCUCAGGCUUUGUGGUCGUGGCGAUAGCAACGGUCUGGCUCUCUUUGGCUGUAAAGUACAUUAAAAUGAUAUUGGGAAACCUAGCUUCGAAGACUCUACUUCACUGGGGUACAGGUCGACGCAAUGCGGAUCCAGAACAAAGAUACCUGUUGGGUCCUGGUCAAACCUCGAGUGGGAGCACUUCGCCGCUUGCGAGUAUUUUGAAAGAGACGAGCGGGAUACGAGAUCUCUCCGAGCAAGUGCUUCUGAACAAGAGAAGGUUAAGCUGUAAAGAAAGGCUGACAUUAGCCGUUUUUACACUCGUAGUGGCUGGCUUUGGAACUGGGAUGAUUGUUGGGGGAAUUCGAGCAGCCGGAAUAAGAUCAGUCGGCCCAGUGCUGUUGCAUUCCGAUGUAUGUGGACUCUGGUUGUUUGAUGGAGAGACUCGCUCAGACCUUGCAACGCGAGCUGCUCUCAAUGACUUGGCAAAGGAAGAAAGAGCUGCCCAGUAUGCCGACAACUGUUACCGCCAACAAUUCGGGACAGACAAAAGACGCUGCACAUUCUAUUAUCGGGACCGUCUUCAAUACGGCUCAGCAGAUUUCUCGAGACCGUGUCCAUUUAAGGGGAACAUGUGCAGUAACAACAUUACGGUCACUUUUGAAUCUCCGAUCAUUGACGCGAGCCAACUGGGCAUCAACAGCCAGACAACUCACAAGUUCCGCCGUAUCACACAGUGUGCACCACUGCGUAUGGAUCAGCGCUUUAUCCAAGCUUCCACAGAGAACGGAACCACGACGUACCGCUACUUCUACGGAGAAAAACCUGGCGCAGAUCCUCCAGUCAACUACACCUUCUUAACAGUUGGAGAUCCUUGGGAUCGUUUGGCGCCAGUAUAUGACAUCUUUGAAAGCAGCGAUGAUCCAAUAUUUCCGGCAGACCAGGCAGUACCUGUGACAGGUGACUCAAAAAGAUGGUUUAGAAAUUCGGACCCUCGCGCUCGCCCGCUCGCUUGCUUGAACCAAAUCGAGAUCUGUACGCCAGACGAACGACUGUGUUUACCAUUUCGAAAGCCUGACGACGACACCAACUGGGAAUGGACACCCGAGUUUACGCUACUCUACACAUCCUUAUUCCAGACAGACAUCUUUGAUUCGAUCAAGAUGCGCCAAGGUCGAGCACUCAAAGCGCAAGAAGCAGUUGCAGGAUACUUCUCUACUUCGCUAGGCCAUGAACCUUGGGCUAACGAGGUGGAGAAUCUGGUCGCCAUCGCGCAUGCUCGCAGCCAGAUCAACGCAUGGAGUGUGGCUAGUGGUGAAGACUCCAUCCACGAAACAGAAAGAUACAAACUUGUGAACGGCACUCAAAACACAUGCGGAUUAUUUAAAUACAGACCACAAGGCUAUGCAACCCUGAAGGGGGUGCCUCUUCUUCUUGUUCUAUUUUUGACCGUUGUGCUGUGGGUACUGAGUCUGGAAUCAGAGGUAUUCGGCCCCGGUGGUGCUUUUCGAAAAUUCUUCAUAAGCGUCUGGCAAUUUAUCACUAGAAGUCACGAUUCGGCGACGAUCUCACCAUCAUCUAGUGCCACACAAGAGACGGAUACAAGGAAUCGUGCAGAAAAUUCACCAACGAAUAAUCAGCUGCCAGUGGUACAGCCUGGGGACAGACAGCGACCGCCUCAAUCCACAACAUCCUCCGAAUCUAGAACGCCGUCUCACACCGAUACAUCUAAUGUUCGCGUCCCGAGCCCGACUCCACCUAGUGAUGCAGCGACACCAUCGGCAGCUAGCAUGCCUUCGAGCAAUACGCAAGAGAGUGUAGAAGCAGCGCAGUUGACGAGCACGGCUCCUGUGAGAGAUUCAAACAUAGGCGUGAGAGAGGACAUUCCGAAUGAUACGGAUGAGGCCGAAGUCGAGUGGAAACCACUUGUCUACUACUAUCUCUUCUGGGAAGGCCCGCGAUCUCUCCUCCGAAAAGCACCCAUGAACCCUGCGGGAAGGAGGGAGUCAAACCCCGGCCCUACUAAUUAUGGUACCAUUCAAGCUUAG